AUGGCUACUGGUAACAAGUCUCUUCUUUGGUUGCUGCUCUUGAGCAGCUCAUUGUUGUGUUUUGGUUCUGAACUUGAUAUCCAGUGCCUGAAGUCUGUUCAACAAUCAGUGAUUGAUCCCAGUGGCGUACUCAAGUCGUCAUGGGAUUUCGCCAAUAGCACUAACAAUUUCAUUUGCCAAUUUUCCGGUGUGCGAUGCUGGUAUUCCGGUGACGGUGGGAACAUUCUUGCUAGUUUGAGUCUCAGCAACCUAGGGCUUCAAGGCCCAUUUCCUCAAGGUCUUUUGAAUUGUUCAAGCAUAACUAGCCUGGAUCUGUCCAGUAACAAUUUUUCAGGACCGAUUCCUCCCGAUAUCUCACGGCAGAUGCCAAAUCUGAUGUCUCUAGAUCUUUCGUACAAUAGCUUUUCUGGUUCAAUCCCACAAAAUAUCUCAAACAUGAAUUAUCUGUAUACCCUCAACCUUGAGCAUAACCAACUCAGCGGUCAAAUUCCACCGCAGUUCAGUCUGCUUACUCGGUUAACUACGUUCAGUGUUGCGGACAACUUGUUAUCUGGGCCUAUUCCUUCUAUGCUACAGAAGUUUUCGGCUUCCAACUUUGUUGGUAACCAAGGGCUUUACGAGGCACCGCUGGACGAGUGCUCUGCCUCCGGGAAGAGAAAGGGAUGGAUACGAAUCAGGCUGCACAGAAUCAACGACGAGUCCAGUAUCGGAGCGGCUGUCGGUUUCGUCGCGGGUUUCGUGGUGGCCUUCUACUUCCCGCACCGCUUCAUCUGCUCUGAGAGGCUCCGUUCCUACAUUGUCCGCAUAUUUAUUCACGGGGCAAAUGAGCACUUCCAGCAGCAAUAUUAA